AGAUAGAAAUGGAAUCUCUAGAUAACCCCGUUCUUAAUUAGAAUUCAAAUAUAAGUACUUGAUAUUAUGAUUGAAUUUUUGAUUAUUCUCGAGUAAUAACAGUAUUGAAAGUAUCAAGAUGCUUCACACAAUUGUUGCUGCGCUAUUCAUAAUACCUGCGUUAGCAGUGGAUCUAUUAGUCGAUAUUUCCAAUGGGAAAAUUGAAGGUUACUUAAGAACUAGUCCCAAUGAAGUCAACUUUCGAGCUUUCCAAGGAAUUCCUUAUGCCAAACCACCAACAGGUGCUUUGAGAUUUCAGGCUCCUGUUCCUGCGGAAAAUUGGCAUGGAAUUCUAGACGCAAAAAAGGAUGGUAAUCGAUGUUUUUCAGUUGCUAAAGAUACUGAUGAUGAAAGUGAAGACUGUCUAUUUAUCAAUGUAUAUACGCCAAUCUUAACUCAAACAAACACCACCCUUCUACCGGUAAUGGUAUAUUUAUUUGGAGGUGGUUUUAGAGACGGUGCUUCGAAUUACAAUGUAUAUGGUCCAGAUUAUCUCAUAGAACAAGAUGUUAUUAUGGUAUCUCUAAAUUAUCGAGUAGGUCCUUUUGGGUUCCUAUCUACUGCAGAUGAAGUUAUUCCUGGAAACAAUGGACUCAAAGAUCAAUUGCUAGCUUUAAAAUGGGUACAACAGAAUAUUCGAGUGUUUGGAGGAGAUCCUAAUAAAGUAAUUUUAUUUGGACAAAGUGCUGGUGCCGCAUCGGUUGGGCUCCAUAUUUUGAGCAAACAAUCAGCAGGUCUAUUUAGAGGAGGAAUUUGUGAAAGCGGUUCAGGUAUCAGUAAUUGGGCGUAUUUGCCAGAUCCUAUACCAUAUGGUUAUGAACUGGCUUCCCUUAUAGACAAAAAUGUCAACAUUACAACAAGCUCAGAACUUCUAGAAUACUUGCAAAGUAUUCCUGCAAAAGCAAUAGAUGUAGCUUCUUCGCAAACCACAAUCGUAACGAAACCACGUCCAUUUAUUGAAGUUGAACACGAAGGUGCCUUUUUGACAAAAAACUUUUAUGAUAGUCUGAAAAAUGGUGAUAUUAAUCGCGUCCCUCUAUUGAUUGGAGCAAAUUCAGAAGAGUACAUUUCUCUUGCCGCAGAUAUGGCUUCAUUGAAAACAACAGCAGCUGCAUAUGAUCAAGAUUUGAAAACAUUGGUCCUCACAAAUAUGAAUAUAGUGAAUGACUCAAAACUACUAGAGGUUGGGAAAAUCAUUAAAGGAUUUUAUCUCAGUUCUAAUGAAAGUUUUGAAGAUAAUUUAGGUCUGGCUAUUGCAUAUAAUUCUGAGAGCCACUUCUUCAAUCCUAGUGUCAGGCACGCAGAAUUACAAUCGCAAUAUACAGACGUUUAUCUUUAUCAAUUUUCCUAUGCAGGUGUAAUGGGAAAAAAUUACAACAUAACAUUACCAGGUGCUGAAAAAGACACACAUGGAGAAGAAUUGUUCUAUUACUUUAAGAGAAAAUUAAGCGGCUACGAUAAUUCCAAUUUAACUCAAUUCUCUGAAAAUGAUGUGACCACUCAUAAGAGGAUGGUGAAACUAUGGACCAACUUCGCAAAAUAUUUGAAUCCGACACCACAAGCAGAUAGUCUCUUGGAAAAUUUAAUUUGGCCUGAAGUGAAUCCGUCGAACAUACAAUAUGUGAAUAUAGACACCGACCUAACAAUUGAGAACAAUAUCAAACAUGGAAGAUAUGUGAUGUGGAGAGAUUUAUUUGAAAAAGAAGCCAUAUCGCCUGUGGUAUUUUGAAUAUUUUGCUAUUAUUUCCACACUUGUAGUAGAUUAAAAUAUAUAUAGAAAUAUGUUGUCCUCUAUUGGAAUAUUAUCUGCAAUAAAUGGAAAUGAUGACAAAAUAAUUUUGUAGGAUAUCAUUACAAACUGUUGAAUGAUAAAAUAAUCUGUUUUG